CGUCAACAAAUCCUUCCCCCGUUGUCCUUCCGUGCCGACGAGGGCGCGUAAAAGAAAUAUUAGCAAUUAUGAAAAGAAGAGAAUUAAAGGAAGUUAUGAAGCAUAAUCAAAGAAGAUUGUUAGAGAGAGUUAAGAAGUUAGAGCAAGCGGUGGAGGAGAUUUGGGGCAACUGUGAGUGCGUGAGAAAAAGAACGAAGGUUGAGGAGAAAUACUCUGCUUCUACUUGCGGAGACUGCGGACAUAGUUAUGGGUUGUGUAUCUGUGAACCCGAAGAAUCCCGAGAACAUGAAUGUGGCCGAGAAUGCCCGACUGCUCCUUGUGUUAUUUGUGAUGGAGAAGUUAAAGAAAAAGGAGUGUUUUAUCAAGGGGAGCUUUAUAUUUUCUUUUAUGACCUAUUCUCUUAUAAAAAAGCCCGGGGUGGACGAGCCAAAACGGUGAGUGAGAUUGUUUAUGAGGAAGCUAUUCCGAUUGACCAAGAGUUUUUAGCGCGGGAGCAGUUUAAUUUCCGAGAUUUAGUGGAUAGGAUUUUUGAAGAGGAAGGAAGUUUAUGGGCAGCUAAAAGGGAAGCCGAGGAGUUAUUAAGUAAGAAGGAUAAAACGGGGGUAAAGGUAUGGAGCAAGGAUGGACAAUGGUUUUUAUAUAUUAAUUUGGUGAAGCCAAGGGAGGAUGUUCAUAGUUUAGCUUUGGAAGAAAGAAUCAAUCCUAGUUUACGGAAUUGGGAUGAGUUUAUGGUGGCUCGGCCGAAAAACCGGAAUGUUAAGGAGACUACUAAGGAUUUGGUUAAUUUUUGCUUUUCUUUGGAGGAGAAAGCCAAAAGUAAGUUAAAGAAUUGUCGUUUGCGGGAAAAGGAGAAAUUGUUGGGGAAGUGA